AUGGAACCGUCAACGAGUCAUCACGACGUUUUGGAACAUAUCGAGUUCAUAGCCGCCGACACGAUGGGCGGCGGCCACAACACGGCAGUGCGAAACAUGAUUGCCGGCGCGCUCAUCCAUAGGUUACAUCAAUGGUGCGUGAACCUCUUCUGGAUCACGAUUCUCUGCGUGAUCGGCUACGUUGGCGACGAGCAACAAAAAUGCUCAGCGAUACAACUCAACGAACAGCGACACCACAAACGGAAAUCAAUGCACGCCGAGCGGCCCCGAUCGCGCACCCGGGAUAUUGCCGAGAUCGAGAUGAAGCUCCUCCGCCACCUCACCAGCCCGCAAAACGCCGGCAUUCGGCCGGUCAUCAAGGCGUCGUCGCGGAAACGUCACGCCGUCGCCUCCAGGCCUCCGUCACCGCAGCUCUUCGACAUCCGGGAAGAGCCUGAGGAGAUGAUCAUCAAC